AUUUUAGAGUAUUUCAUGACAUUUUGUUUGUUUUUCAGCAUCAAGCCAAUCCCAGCUGAAGGAAUCAAGUCAAAUCCUUCCAAGCGACAUAGAGACCGACUCAAUACAGAGUUGGACCGUUUGGCGAACCUGCUGCCUUUUCCACAAGAUGUUAUUAAUAAGCUGGACAAACUUUCCGUUCUUAGGCUCAGUGUCAGUUACCUAAGAGCCAAGAGCUUCUUUGAUGUUGCAUUAAAAUCCUCCCCAACUGACAGAAAUGGAAUCCAGGAUAACUGUAGAACAAAAUUUGGGGAAGGCCUGAACUUUCAUGAAGGAGAAUUCUUAUUACAGGCUCUGAAUGGCUUUGUGUUGGUUGUCACUACAGAUGCCUUGGUCUUUUAUGCUUCUUCUACUAUACAAGAUUAUCUGGGAUUUCAGCAGUCUGAUGUCAUACAUCAGAGUGUGUAUGAACUUAUCCAUACUGAAGACCGAGCUGAAUUUCAGCGUCAGCUACACUGGGCAUUGAACCCCUCGCAAUGUACAGACUCUGGACAAAGGAUUGAUGAGGCAAAUGGCCUCCUCCAGCCAGCGGUCUACUAUGACCCAGACCAGCUUCCUCCAGAAAACUCUUCAUUUAUGGAGAGGUGCUUCAUAUGCCGACUGCGGUGUCUGCUGGAUAAUUCGUCUGGUUUUCUGGCAAUGAAUUUCCAAGGGAGGUUAAAGUACCUGCACGGCCAGAACAAGAAAGGGAAAGAUGGUUCAGUGCUUCCCCCUCAGUUAGCCUUGUUUGCCAUAGCUACUCCACUUCAGCCGCCCUCCAUACUUGAAAUCAGAACCAAAAACUUCAUCUUCAGAACAAAACACAAACUAGACUUUACCCCUACUGGUUGUGAUGCCAAAGGAAAACUUGUUUUGGGCUAUACUGAAGCAGAGCUGUGCAUGAAAGGAUCAGGUUAUCAGUUUCUUCAUGCUGCUGAUAUGCUCUACUGUGCUGAGUACCAUAUGCGGAUGAUUAAGACAGGAGAGAGUGGCAUGAUAGUGUUCAGGCUUCUUACCAAAGGCAACCGAUGGACCUGGAUCCAGUCUAACGCCCGCUUGGUUUAUAAAAAUGGAAGACCAGAUUACAUCAUUGCAACUCAGAGGCCUCUAACAGAUGAAGAAGGAACAGAGCAUCUAAAAAAACGAAAUAUGAAGUUGCCUUUUCUGUUUGCCACUGGAGAAGCUGUGUUGUACGAGACCACCGACCCCUUUCCUCCCAUGAUGGAUACCUUACCAGUAAGGACUAAAAACGUUGCUAGUGGAAAAGAUUCUGCUACCCAGGCAACUCUCAGUAAGGAUUCUCCCCAUCCCAGUUCUCUCUUUAGUGCCAUUAUGCAACAAGAUGAGUCUAUUUAUCUCUGUCCUGCUUCAAAUAGUGAUCCUUUCGAAAGAAUUUUUUUAAACGAAUCUAUGGACAAAUGCAGUAAAUGGCAGGACAGUAUUGCACCAGUGGGAAGUGAUAUCCUGGAACAUGAGCAAAUCGGUCAGUCUCAGGAAAUGAACCCGACACUUCCUGAAGGUCAUGGAGGGCUCUUCCCGGACAAUAACAACAGUGACUUGCACAGCAUUAUGAAACACCUAGGUGUUGAUUUUGAAGACAUUAAACACAUGCAGCAAAAUGAGGAAUUUUUCAGAACUGACUUUUCUGGUGAGAAUGACUUCAGAGACAUUGACUUAACAGAUGAAAUCCUGACAUUCGUCCAAGAUUCUUUAAAUAAGUCUACCUUGGCAUGUCCAGGUUACCAGCAGCAACCGUCCAGGGCACUGAACUCAAGCUGUAUGGUCCAGGAGCACCUGCAGUUGGAGCAGCAGCAUCAAAAGCAGGUGGCCAUGGAGCAGCAGCAGCAACUGUGCCAGAAAAUGAAGAAUAUGCAAGUCAAUGGCAUGUUUGCAAAUUGGAGCUCUAACCACUCUGUGCCUUUUAAUUGUCCUCAGCAAGGUCUACAACAGUAUAAUGUCUUUUCAGACUUACCUGGGACAAAUCAAGAGUUUCCCCACAAAUCUGAGAUUGAUAUUAUGCCUUAUACACAGAACUUUAUUCCAUGUAAUUCGUCUGUGUUACCACAACAGUCUCAGGGGACACAAUUAGACUUUCCCCACGGGAAUUUUGAACCAUCCCCAUACCCUACUGCUACUUCUAACUUAGAAGAUUUUGUCACAUGUUUACAAGCUCCUGAAAACCAAAAGCACAAACUAAAUCUACAGUCCUCCCUAGUAACGCCACAGACGUGUUAUGCCGGGGCUGUGUCCAUGUACCCAUAUCAGCUGGAACCUCAGCAGAGCAAUGCGGCUCAGAUACAGUACAGUCCAACCAUGCCAGGCCCGCAGGCAUUUUUAACCAAGUUUCCAAAUGGAGUUUUAAAUGAAAUCUAUCCAGCUGAGUUAAAUACUAUAAAUAACUCUCAGACUACCACACAUCUUCAGUCCCUUCACCAUCCAUCAGAAACCGGACCUUUCCCUGAUUUGACAUCAGGUAGAUUCCUGUAAUUCCAAACCCAAUUUUUACCUUGGUUUUGGUUUAAAAGGUGGAAGAUUAUAGUUACUAAACUGUCAAUGUUGGACAUCAGCAAGUUCACAUGGAGGCAUUGAUGUAUGUUGUUCCCAUUGUUAUUACCAAACCACAUUUUAAUGUUUUUCAAAGAGGAAUUAAAAACAUCAAAAUUACAUAGACUGUAAUCAUUCAAAUUGAAAGUAUGUGCCACAGGCUGGUGAGAUACCAUCUACAUUUCACAUUCUGAGCACCACAAAUUGUGCAAAAGUAUUCACGGGAACUUUAAGACUCUUAAAUAAGAAAGUUUUCUCUAUUGGAAUUACUUCUGUCAGGAUAAAAAGAAAAUGCUUUUGAGUUUUCAACUGAUGAACCCAAAGUUACCAGAAGUAUACUAUUUCUCAUAUUUUUAGGUUCUGCAUUUAUCUCAUGUUAAAAUACAUAAAAUAAGUGGUUUGGUGCUUCUUCAUUGUUAAUGUAAGUGCCUCAAAGUUUUUUUUUUCUACCUAUAACACUGUAGGAUGUAUAUUUUAUAUAAAAUAAUGCUUUUUUAAAAAAUUAAUAACAUUUUACACAAAUAGUAUUUGCAUUUCUUAAAUUCAAAAUCAUUUUUUUAAUCCAGGCAUGUUUUAACUGCACUACUUACCCAUUUUCUUCAGGUAAAGAACAAAUAAUGAUUAAAAAGAUAAUUAUUUAUUAUAUAAUCUAGUGCUUAGACUGUAAAUGUUGCUCUGUGCCUUACACUGAAAAAAUUUUAAGUAAAAUGUCUUUUCAGGUUAUUUUUUAAUUAUUAUGUAACUAUUAAUAGCAGCACUAAAAUGUCAACAGUGUUUUCAGAAAAAGGAUAUACCGCCCUUUACCUCUGCUAAAGUCUCUACCCUGGUAGUUGAAUGGUGCGGCAUGAAAAUCUGCUAAAGUGACCACGUUUCUCAACCUACAAUGAAGAGCAGGAGCUUGGUUUCUGGGCCAUUGAGUAAAUUACAGCAAAGCACCCAUUUCAGUGUAUGUACAUUUUUCACAAACUGUUUUACAUCUGUAAUCUUUUAAGAUAAUAGUAUGUUGACUUUAUAAAUUUCACUUAUUAGUACAGUGAAAACUUUUUUUUCUCAUAUUUGAGGAUUGUUAAGAUUGAAUAUAGCAAUGUUUGGUGCAAAGUAUUGCUAUGAAUGAAAUGAAUGGUGCAUUGUAUGCUUUAUAGUGAACAAAAUUAUUUGUAAAAUAUUUUGAAUUUUUCAUGUAAAAAUAUUUUAUAUGCACAUAAAUAAGUUGAGUUUUACAUAUUUUAUCAAAUAGUGAAUGCAACCCAUUUAAGUUGGUAUUAAAAAAAUAAUUGUGCAAUUUUAUUAAUUUCAAACAUUAGGUUAUUUCUAUGGUAGAGUGAUCUUUAUUAUCAGUAAGGCAAAUUAAUCACCCUACUAACUACUGUCCUCAGGUGAUUUAAAAGAAGUGCCACCAUCUGACAUUCUUUUAUUCAACUGUGAUGUCAAGGGUGUAAGACAGAUCUUGAAUUUAUUAUAUAAAAACAUGAUGGAAUCCUAAGCUGAGAUGUAGGAUUAACAUACAUUUUUCUUCCUUUUUUUUUUUUGUAAGUUAAUGUACAUAAAAGUUGCUUCAGACAAUAUGUAUGUCAGUUCUAUGCAUUUUCAGUCAAAGUUUUGAAUCUGUAGAAUCAGUGUAAGUAUUGAAAACAACAAAUUUGCCUAAAACAUUUCAUAUUUUGUUUCCAGCAUGAGGUGUCAUUAAAGAUUUAGUCAUUAGACCAGAGGGUCUAGAUUAAUAAUCCAUUUUUACAUUUAAACUUUUCAUUGAAAGUCUUACAGCAUUUUUGUUAGUCUUCCUUCAUGUCACUGGAUGUCCUGUUUAGUGGAAGAUAGGCUUUUAAAAUUGUGAAUAUGGUGGCAAGCAAUUAUACACUUAUAAAAUUAAAAAUUUUAAAGUAAUAUUGUAUAUUUUUAUCUCCAUAACUAAAGCUUAUCUAAGAACAAAAUCACAAUAAACCAAACCAAAUACAUCUUUGUCUGCAUUGCUGAGUUGCCAAAACGAAGAGAAAACUCUGUGUUGAGGGGUUUCUUUUUAGAUGGUAUGCACUUCUAAGAACCUGGAUGCGUCUGAUUUGAACUUUUCCGGUACAAGUGGUUCUCACUUAACAUGUACCAGUGUUCUGCUGUAUUAUGGAGCUUUCAAUCAUUACUAUGCACAGACGUAGUGUUUUUCAGUAUUACUAACUUGUAGGUAAAUGCUUUAAGGGUUUUGUCUUUCCUUCUAAAUAUUACUGCUUUACAUAUGCCAUGCAUACAUUUUUUUAAAAAAUAUAUGAUUUAUAAUAUCCUUACUAUUAAAUAAAAUUGCAUGUAAUGAUAUGUGGUAAUAAAUAAUCACCAAAUAUUGA